AUGAGGUUCCGUUUCGGAGCAAGGCACCUGAUCCGGGCUCGUCACAGCGCCCAUGCGGGUGUGAGCCUUGCAUAUUUGAUGGGCGACUUUGUACGGUUGGCCUAUGACUGGUCUGGCGAAGAGAAUCCAAGCUUUCUUCGCUUGAAGGAGGUCUUUUGGCAGGGUGACGAGAAGCUCGGGUCCAACAUUCGUUGCCCUCGAGAUGGCAGACCAGGCUGCGCGCUUGUGGAUUGGCUUCCACGAGAGCAUCGACGACUGCAAACUCAUUUCAUGUCCUGGAGUUGGCAAUAUUCACUUCAACAACUCCAGAGUGCCAUGAAGAUGUGGAGAUCAACCCGAACCCUGGAGUUUCAUGACGUCGUCUUCUACAUGUGCUUCUUCGUGAACAACCAGUUCCGCAUCAUUGUCGACGGGUCUGCCACCGGCAGUGACAAUCUGGAAGAAGUCUUCCAAACGAAUCUGCGACGGAUUGGCCAGGUUGUGGCAGUUUUGGACAGCUGGGAGGAGCCAGUCUACUUGCAAAGGGUCUGGACCAUCUAUGAGCAAUACGUAGCUUGUUCCUUGCAGGUUCCUGUUACCUUCAUCAUGCCGGAAGGUGCAGCAGCUUCCCUAUCAAAGCAGAUCUCCCGUGGCGACGCAGGCAUCGAUGAAGUGACCCGGUCCUUGUGCCACGUCAACGUGGCCGAUGCACGAGCCUUUGAUCCUCGAGACGAGCAGAAGGUGAAGACCACGAUCCAGUCCACGGUCGGCUUCGACCAAGUAAAUCAGCACGUGAAGGAUGCUAUGAUCCAGUGGAUUUGCGUCGUGGUGCGGGAGAAAUUCCAACAACGCAUCAGCAGAGCUGAUCGUGAGGACGUCUUUUCUGUCUAG